UGGUUAAAAAUGCUAACCCUUUGAAGUAUGGAAACAAGAUUAAAGCUCCACCCAGAACAAGAUGGCAAGAGUGUGGCACUCACGGCUAUGUGGAACAGUUGAAGCUCUAGCACUCCUGUCUGUAAGGGGAAUACAAUGAUGCAGAGACAAGCUGUUGACAUGAUGGAAGAGACACCAGUUGGACCAGGAUUUCUCAGAGAUGUUAAUACAUCUGACUCUGAUGUUCAAAAUGCCACCUUAAUUGCAAUCUAUGGUUACAACAACCAAUCAAAUGACAUCUUCCUGUUUAAAGUUCAGAAGAUACGUAAAGCACAAGUUCAGGUUGUUGCUGGUCUGAAAUAUUUUCUCUGCGUUGAUAUUGGAAGAACAGUGUGUCGUAAAGGAAAACCAUAUAACCUCGAAUACUGUUCAUUUGAAACACAUCCACCGCUGAUUAAGAAAUUGACUUGUCAUUUUGAACUCUGGGUUGCUUCUUCGAAACAACAUGUUUGGAAAGUAAUUGCAACAAGUUGCCAGUGAAACCUACAGGACUGUAUUCCUUCCUUGUGCCAACAGUUGAAGCAUUUCCACAGAGUGGCAAAGUUUUUAUCCAAUUUCACCAAUUCUGCUUGCAGCCUGUAGUGUUGAAGAGAAGAUUCCAGCAUCCUGUAUAAUUCAUGAAGAAGUCUUCCCCACCUAGAAAUGGCCGUAAUUUUACACUUUAAAAGAAUACAGCUGCCGGCAUAGGAAACUAUACACUUUUUUUUGAACAAUGGUAUUCUUUGCCUUGAUGUUAUCAGCAAGCAUAUUUCAAAUGAAUUAAUGAUGAUAAAUAAAGAAUUGUAUUUUAUAUGUCUUUCUGAAAACACAGAAUAUCCUGAAGAGAUUUACACAAAAGCACUCUUUAAAAAGUGUAGCUGAAAUAUUGGCAACCAAUUUGUACAAUAUCUUAUAUCAGCAAUGAAAUGAAAGUCAAAUCAGCUGUUGUCUGUUCUUCAAAAUGAUGAAAUGGAAUCUUUUGGAGAUGAGAUCCUGGCUUAGCCUCAUGUCUGGAAGACAGCACUGCCAACAGUGUAGCAUUUAGUCAGUACCGUACAAAAAUUGUAACUUAGAUUAUGUUCUUUAAAAACUCUGAAGUAAGAUUUGUGCCUGAAGCAUUCUGACACUGAAACAGAAGUAUCACCCAUUGAAUCACAAGGGCUGAUCAAUAAAAGACCAUCAAAUGUAUGUGUAACUGCUUGUGUCAGCUGAUAAUAACUUGAACACAACAAAGAUUUCAGCUGAAAUUUAUCUCCCUAAAAUGCUAGAGAUGCACAAGUCAAGAUCUUAGAGGGGACAAAAACAUUCCUGAGCAUGAGGCUACUUCCCAUUACCUCAAGUUGACUGGCAUGUGGAGUCUCUACUUUCGCUCUUUUCUAAUUGAGUUUUCAAAGCUGGGUUGAAGCCACAAAGUUGUCAACCAUGACUCCGUGGUGGCACUCUCACCUCUGAAUUGGAAGACUGCUCGUUCGAGACUCAACAUUUAUCAGAGGGACAUUGCUUCAGAUAAAAAGUUAAACUUAGGCUUGGCUGCCCUUUUCAAUGGAUGUAAAAGACUCAGUAAUACUUUUUUAAAAUAGAGCUAACUCUAAAGUCUGAGCAUAUUUAUCUUUCAAUCAAUAUGACUACACUUCAAUGGCUGUGAAUCGCUUUAAGGUGUCCUGAGGUCAUGAAAUACACCCUGAAUAUGUAACUUCUUACUUCACUAUGAAAGCUGGAAUCAAUUGUCCAUGUUGAAUGCUUCUCUCCUGAAGAGCUAGUAGCUUGGGUCUUUCAAGAACUUUUCUCAUUUUAUUCCAAGAACUGAGAUAUUGCUUCCUCUGAAUAAAUGCAAGCAU